AUGUUUGAUGAAUUCGAGACUGCAAAGGAAGAUCUUCCUGAGCUAAGUGAGGAGUAUAAAAUAGAAACAGAUCAUAAUGCAAACUGCAGCUUCUUCCAGAGAUCUAUCAUGGGAGACACUUCAUCUCCCUGUCUUUCAGCUGUGCUGGAUCCCUUUGAUCAAUAUGUAAUUGGGUGAUACGCCAAUGGAUCUAUCAAAUGCUUUGAUCCUCAUGGAGGAGGUCUCGUAAAGACUAUUAAGAAAGAGUCAGAGUCAAAUGAAGACCCCAUUACUUCAGUCCUGAGAUUCAGACCUGGAGGAGAAGCAACAGAUCACGAAAGCGUUGUCCUAACUGGUGAUAUGGCUGGGAGUAUCAUUAAAUAUGAUGUAGCCGAAGGAAAUCUUACUGAAAAGAUUGAAUGGACAGGAGAUGAAGCAAACAGUAUCUUCAGUAUUGAUUACAACAGUAAUGGAAGGCAGUUUGCCUCAGCAGGACUGGAUAAGAUUGUCAGAAUUUAUGAUGACAUCGCUAUGAAAUGAGUACAGGAGUUAGACCCUUUUAAGUCAGGACAUGCAGGCCAUAGUGCAAGAAUAUUCUGUGUCAAGUUUAACAAGCAGGAUCCAAAUAUCCUUAUAUCAGGAGGAUGGGAUAAUACUAUCAUUAUCUACGAUAUAAGGGAGAAAGGACCAGUCAACUCCAUUAUUGGAGCUGAUAUUUCUGGUGAAGCUUUAGACUUCUCCGACAAAAAGAUUCUAAGUGGUAGCAAUAGGCUUGACAAACAGCUACAAAUAUGGGAUCUAGAAUCAACUGACCUUCUAGAGACAAUUAGUUGGAAUGGAACUGGUCAUUUUAAAGAUAGAGAAGAGACUAAAGUUUUCUGAUGAAAAUUCUUUACGCACACAGAUACGAAUAAAGAAUAUAUUCUAGCUGGUGGCGGAGGAGUGACAAAUGAAAUCAGAAUUUUCAAUGAAAGUAGAGAGCCAAUUGGCGUCAUUGGUGAUUUUUCAAGGGCAUGAUACACCUGCGACAUUUCUCCAAUUGGAGAUUCUAUUCUGUGAGCAGGCGGAGAUGGAGUUAUGAGACUCUUUAGACUCAUGUUUGGAGUUGAUAUGAACUAUGAUUAAAAGAAAUUGCUCAAUGGUUG